AUGCAGCCAAUAUGCAACCUACUCAACCCUGCUCAACAACGGCCGUGCUACUCCACCAAGUUCGACAGGGAGAAAAGAGAGACAAAAUCGACCACUUCGAGUGCUCCUCUACCUAACAACAACUCUUCUACUGGCUGGGGAUAUCCAGCCAAACCCAGUGUGGCAGGUUGCUGCUGCACCUCCACUUACGUAAGUGGCAUCAGCUGCAUCUAAUCUUCAGCGGUGCCUGGCCUGAUUGCAGGGCGGGAUGUUUAUAAGUUCUGUCCUCCCAUUCAACCCAUUGUUACCUGACGUUCACUCGACGGGCUGUGUGGUUGUCCGCUGGUCAUUGGGUUUGAUCAUUGUGGGACAUAAAAGGUAAGCAUUCGUUUUUAUGCCUGGACUUUUGUAACCGUGUAUCUUGGUGUGAUAGCAGCCGUAAUGUUUCAUUCGCAGCGUGGUCUGCUGCUGGCGUGGAGGUAGAGGUGCUUUGAGUGUGGUGUUGGCUCUUUAUCAUCAAAAGACGGUGACUGGAUUGGCCGUGCGUAAAGCUUACUUCGCUCUGGUAAGCUGGCUGUUUGGUUGUGUUUUUUUUAGUUGCUCGUUUGCUGCAUGGUAACCUGCCCCACUUUCUCUGUAGCUGCUGAAGCCACAGAUCGUGGCUCUCCUCCGUGGCGCUCCUCUCCUCGGCGCUCUGUGCGAGCCUCUACUUCUGCCCACUACUUUGGUCGCCAGCUGGGCAUCCGAAAAGACGGCUUCCCUAGGCCUCCAGCCCUGGUGCGACCGCUCCGUUUCUCUGCUGCUUCUUUGAAGUCCCAUACUGCACAAAGAACUGGUUUUUGCCCAACACAACCUAUUCCUGAGUUUGAUUAUUUCUUUUCUUUGGUUUAUUUGGUUAGUUUAGCAAACUGGCUAUCGGGUGAAACUUUUAAUUUCGUUUAGUUGGUUUUGGUUGCUAUUUGACGGUUAUAUUUUUGGUUGGUUAUAUUUUUUUUUGUUAAUAUUUUUCAUAGUAAUAGCUGGGAUUUCGUUUGCCAUUUAGUUUAUUACCCAAUUAAGUUAGGUUUAUUCUUUUUUUUUUUGUGUGUGGUUAUGUGUGUGUGUGUGUGCGAGCGUGCUGUAUGUGUGUGUGUGUUUUUUAGAAUAGGUCAUUUCAUCAAUUUUUAACAGUACUCUAUAUAUUGCUUUUUGAGUGACCAACCAUAGCAUUGAUUUCUUCUUUCUUUUUCAGGAGCUUGCAACAGACUUCCCCGGUGGUGGCCUCCCCCUUCACUCCCUUUAGUUGCCGUGGCACGUGGUAUUUGGUUUAUAGUGAUUUUCUUUGGUUUAUAGUGAUUUCUUUUGGUUUAUAGUGAUUUCUUUUGGUUUGCAGUGGGUUUCUUUGGUUUUGAAUUUUUCCUUUUUUAGUUUAGUCUGUUUGCUACUAAGUCCCCUUGUUCCUGCUUUUGUUUAUUUACUGCAUUUAUUGUUUACUGGUACUGACACGAUUAUCCUUCAUAUUGUGCUCUUUUAAAAACAGAAGUUUUAAUCAAUAAAAUUGUGUAAUCCUUUUUGGAAGUCUGUCUCUCAUCCUCUGUUGUGGUGUAAUGAAUCUGUGUGACCUUAAGUGAAAAGGUCUGUUGUAUUUCCUGGGGUGAAACUCCCCAGAUGGCGUUGUUCGGCAACAAACACUUAAUCUCUGAACCCUCCAUUACGCCACACCAGGACCUCACCUGAUCGACGAUGGCGGGCUGACUCCCACCGCUGCACUGAAUGCACAACUCAAUCUUGCUGAUUCAGCAUCGUGUGCGAGUGGCGGCCAUGUGGGUUCCCACGGAGGACACCAUCAGUUGCGUGGAGUUGGCGGCGGAGGAAAGGGAGCCAACAUGUCCAUACCGUCACUGCUGCAGGUGCCAAGUGCACUCAAUCUAGUCCAUGGGUCCGCGGCUUCUGUGGUGGCGUGCGACGGGGGACGCCUGCUGUGUUUACGAACAGCCGCAACUACGCUUGGUGUGGUGCGUUCAUCACCACUGGGGGAACCAGGAGUACGGACGGCUCUAUCUACAACUGCGGCUGCGGAGGUGAUCGGCGCCGGUGAGGGAGUGGGGCGCUUGUCUCCGCAGUCAACCGGCGGUGGUGGGAAUUCCACCAAGACAUUGGCGGCCGAGGCGGAGGUGAUCAGUGGCGUGGGAGUGGGGCGCCCAUACCCACAAUCAUCAGGUGGUGGUGGUGUUCUUCUGACAUCGAUGACGGAGGUAAUUGCCGGCGUGAGAUAUGUUUCCAUACAGACCGGCGGUGGUGGUGAGUACCAAACAACCCCUGCGAUAUUCCCUGAGCGCCCCACGAAACAAAAACUUAAAGGACUUAAUCCAGCUAUCAAGAAGUACCGUAAAACGAAAAUCUUCAGAACAUUUAAUCAUGCAAAAAUAAUCUGGGACCCAAAGUCCAAACCAAAAGGACUGUUGGGUGGACAUUUGAAUAUAUGUAGUGCCCAUGCAAAGCAAACUCAACUUGAACACCUGCUAUCUUACUCUAACCUGGACUUCCUGGGCUUUUCAGAAACAUGGCUAAAUUCAAAAUCUCUAGAAGCAGCCAUUAAUUUUCCUGGAUACAAUAUGUUUAGGAGGGACAGUGAGGGGGGGUGGGUGGGCGGGGGUUCUAAUAUAUAUAUAUAUAUAUAUAUAUAUAUAUAUCUCAUAUAUAACACAACUAAAUGCAGUCUUAUUAAAUGGUCACAGCAUGAUGCUAAUUGUGAAUGCAUUGGUUGGAAUAUCACUCUGUCUCUAGAAAUGUCUUUUGUUAUUGUAUGUCCAUAUAGGCCACCCUCAGCCAACAGUUUGUUCUAUGAGCUCCUACAUAACAUACUUAAAAAAUGUGACAACAAUAAGGAAAUUAUAGUCCUUGGUGACGUAAAUUGUAAUUGGAGUAAUAAAUCUGAAAGGAAAAAACUCAAGAAAGUAACAGAUAAAUUUAACUUCACCCAGAUGGUGAAUGGUCCAACUAGAAUAACACAGUCCUCUCAGACCCAGAUUGACCUGAUGUUUACAAAUAGGCCCGAGAGAAUAACAAAGACAUAUAAUAUGGUAACUGGUAUGUCUGACCAUAACAUCACUUUACUGGUUAGGAAACUAACCAGUAAUAGGUUCAACAGAACAACAAAACAAAAAGCACCCCAUCAGAUAAUUCCAAAAAAUGAAAUGGACAAUCUUGGUGUGGCUGUAAAACAAACUGACUGGUCUGAUCUUUUAGGUUGCCAAGAUGUGGAAACUAGUAGUCUGAAAUGUGUGGAAAUAACAGAGAGAGAAGUGUCACCAUCCUUAAGAAAUGUGAAACAUAGACCUAGACUAGUUAAUGCCCUGCCCUGGAUCAACAGCGCCCUCUGGCAGCAGAUGAAAGAAUGCAAUAUGGCACUAAAGAGAUCACUCAAAUCAGGUAUUACUAGUGACAGGUGGAUUUUUACAAGCCUGAGAAACAAGCUGGUAAAGAAUUUAAGAAAAGCCAAAGCUGAGUUUUUUAUUGAAGUCAUAGAAGGUGCAAGAGGGAAUGGGAAACUGAUUUGAGAAAAUCCAAAUAAAUUGACAGGUAGAAACAAGGACCUACCUUGGAAUUCAAAGGAAUUCGAACUUAAAGUGAAUGGAAUUGCAACCCAAGGUCAUGAAUUGGUAGCAAACACUUUCAAUAACUUUUUCAUAGACUCAGUGGAGGAGCUGGCCCAGAGCUUCUCCACCAGAACCUGGACAUGUACUCCAAGUCAGGAGGACAAGCCCAUAUUUAGUAUUGGGGAAGUUACAGAAACUGCGGCGGUGGAGAUCAUGAGCUCUCUAAGAGACUCCAAAGCCAAGGAUGCUUACAACAUGGACACAACAUUUCUAAAAAGAUACACAGGCGCAUUAACCUAA